AGGUGGUGUGGGAGGAACGCAGGCCCAGCUCUGGAGUUGAGGGUCAUAAACCAAAAGAAGGAGUCUGUCCUGCAGAAAUGAUCUAUAAAAGUGAACCAGAGAAUCACGCUUGGAGUUCGGUCUUUGCAGCUGCCUUGAAAAAUAUCUAAAAAUUCUCUCUGGUUCUUCACACAGGCUCCAACAACGCUGGUGUGGAAACCGUGUGUGAGUAUGUGUGUGCCAUCUUAGAGAAAGCCAAUGCGAUUAAGGCUGGAUCUGGACUCUGAGGGACAGCUCCUGUGGAUGCUGAGGAUUAGCGGUAACAGCUGCUGUCCUGCCCAUUAGAGGAGAAACAGAAGAGAGAACAAAAGGCUUAUUUAAAGGAUGCAUCGCUGCAACUCUGAGUGGGGGGAGCCUUUCCAUCAAGGCUGAAGGAAAGUGUGAUACUAGCUGUUACUUCUCGUGACGCAAGAUAAGGGGAGGAUGAGGGUCCCUGCUGCCCUCACAGGCUGGGCUUGUGCAGCUCUCUGCCUGGCUUCCUGCUCAACUGCCUUUUCUCAUGGUGCCGGCUCGGUGGCCUGUCAGGACAUGCAGCCCAAGCACCUUCAAGCCCAGCCUCAGAACCCCGGCACGCACCACAUCACCAUUCACACCAGCAGAUCUUCCUACUUACCGGGAGAUAUCGUUCCAGUGACCGUGAGAAGCAGUCGGGAUUUCAUGGGAUUUCUACUACAGGCUCGAAGAGUCUCUGAUCAUCAAAUAGCUGGCACUUUUGUUUCCAUCCCUCCUCAUUCCAAACCGAUGGCUUGUAUUCAAGACGCUGACACGGUCACCCACUCUGACAAGUCCCGGAAGAGAAACCUGGCCUUCGAGUGGCAGGCUCCUGCCCAGCCUGUGGGGAAUAUUAGAUUCCUUUUAUCAGUGGUCCAGUCAUAUUUCGUUUACUGGGAGAGGAUUGAAUCCCCUGUGAUAUUUCAACAGACACGCAGCAGAACCCAUCGUGAUGGCCCCGUGCAGCCCAGCUCACUGAUGCCAACCCCUGGGUGGAGGCCAGAGGGAACGGAAGGAAUCACCCCAGCUACCAGUCCCCCCACCACUCUUCCCCAGCAACGUGCAGACAUCUUUGCUGUUGCCCUAACUACAGCUACAGAGAAGAACAGCUUAGAUUCUUCUCCUGCCAGUUUUUGGGUGAAGGAAUUUCCUGGGGGCACAGAGACUCUGUUGCAAUCAUCUUCACACACAGCUACUGCAAUCAGCAAUGGCCAGCAACCCAGAGGGGACAGCAGCCCAACCCUAGAACCAUCCUUGGAUGUCCGUGGGCUGGAGAGACUCAUGGCUCCUGGGAGAUUCUCCUCAGAGGGCAUUGCUUCCAGCCCUAGCACCUACUUCAGGACUCAGGAUAAUCCAAGCUUGGGUUCAUUGGAAACUUGCCUGCCCUCGGAUAGGGAUGAACAGGACAAGAUGGAAUCCUCCAAUAGGACUGUGAUGAGAUCCCAUCUGUCCACUGUCCAUCUUACCUAUCCUCAGCAUUUCUGGUCCUCUGAAGCAUUCACUGGGAGUGAGGCUAGGGCAGCCACCUCAACCCCUGUCUUCCACACUUCUGCCACUUCUAAGCCACCUGCUGCAGGCAGCCAGUCAGAGGCAUCUAGGCCUUCUGCCAGCUUCUUACCUCAGUCGAAGUACAAGGAGCCCAGAGUGGAGGAGGGAAAUGGAAGGGGCAGAGGGGGAUACCCCAGGAAGCCCAACCCAAGGCCUGAGGUUGAGCAAGAGGGACACAGUGCCCCUUUGGGGCUCCAGCUCAGGAAUUCCCAGCUGGGAAUCCUGCUUUGCCUUUCAGCCACCUUGGGCAUGGCCCUGGCUGCUGGCCUUCACUACCUGCAUGCCCAAUAUUGCCACACUCAGACGGAAGUAUCCUUCAGUGAGCCUGCUGGGGAUGCUAUUACCAGCAGCGACGGAGGUGAGACUGUGUGUGUCAGGAAGAUCGGGGAGAACAGUUUUGUUUCAGUUGAAGUGGAAUACAACUGGAUCACUUCCUCUGUGGGUAGUGAGAAAACAGUCCUCUGAGAAGAUCAUGGUACUAGGCAGGCCUCUGAGUGGCUGUCCCUAGACCCUGCAGUGUCUCAGUCAGAACAGAGCUAAUGAGAAUAGCUGAUGAGGACAGGGGCUCCCUGUGCCCCCAUCAGUGAGCAGUUAGUGGAGGAAGCUGUGAGCAGACCGUUUUAUCAACAGAGGGAGUUCUGCCCGAGCUUUGUUGUCUUAACAUCUGUAAUUUAGCUGCUUUUUUUUUCUUUUCACAAUUAGACGUUCUGUUUGAAGAGUUAAACUCCACACAAUGAAUAUUGUAUAACCUGCUCAUUAACUAGACUCCUGUGGCCGCCAAGCUUCCUCUGUUGCCUUAAGGAACCUGCAGAAAUAGAAAUUCUGUCCCUCCUCAGUAUGUCAGCCUCAUCCCUUCCAACUCUUUGAAAAAAAAAAAAAAGUAAUGUUGGGGUUGUGUCUCUUGCAAGAAAAAGAACCGUGGCCCUCACUUUGCCUCUCCAAACCACCCCAGAAGAAGUUUCAUUUUCAACACUGGCUCUGCUUCGGUUGACUAGGUGAGUGCAAGGGUAUUCAGUCUUCUUGGAAACUAAGAAGCCUGGCAAAUCCCCUUGGAAAUUGAUCUGAAGCAAGGAGAGUUUGAGAGAGCUCGACUGAACACAUCUGUGGGAAAAUGUAUACAUGCUGCAUAAACACCAGAGUGUGGUAAGCAUGCCUCUUCAUCAGGUGUAAAUGGAUCUGAGACUUCCCAUCCAUUUACACUUGAUGGGAGGCUUAUGAAUCCUAACAGCUAGCAAACAUAUUGCCUUUUGCCAAAGGUCAGGCUGAAAAAAAACUGAUGAUCCCACAGUUUGAAGAAGAGCCUCUACUCAUCUUUUCAGGGAGAAAAGGAAGACAGCAUUGUGGACAAAGUCCAUUUUCCUGCUCUUGUGAUUUACGAAGAUCACUUUGAUUUAGGACGUGUCCCAUAGAUACUGUGUGGGGUCAACAGGUUUGACUAUAACUUUUGAAUAUACUCACCUAAUAUGACACGUAGAAAUUAGCUGCCUUUUCAGAGCUAGACCUGCUACAGAGUCACAAAGCAUUUUAAUGUAGAAACGGAAAAACACUACACAUCUGGCAAGGGUGUUUAUUCAUCCAGCACAGGUAGAUCGUACAGGUUGUGUGCUAACUUUGCAUACAUUUUCACAUUUAACUUUCACAAUAACUUAAUGAGGAAAAAGUGUAGUGACUUGCCAAAGAGAGAGAGGCUUUCAUGACAUCUCAGUUCAACAACAAAAACAUUUUUUUAAAAAAACUGGGGUGUGGGAAAGAGCUAGAUCCUGCUGUUUUUCCAGCCUCUUAUAGCUCACUGGGCACUAAUACCACGAUUGUUUCCUCCUGGAUUCUGGGCUAGGCAUAUCUGUCCUGUCUUUAGUCAAGUGCCUCAUUAGGACCAGGGAGACCUAGGUGAUUGCGUGUUCACAAAUGAAAGUGUUCUAGGAAUGCUGUGGAAAUGAGUGAAUUUACUGUACUCCAAUGGCAGCCACAGAUAUCCUUUUACAUAUCUUGCCCUCCUCAAAAGAAAUCCUCCCUGAGAUGCAGACGAGGAACCCACCAGUGGAGAGCUCUCCUCUGACCAUCACAUCAGAUGGCCAAGUGCACUACACAUACACCUUCAAGACCUUACCUGUCCAAGAGGACAUUUUCCUGGGAAAACAGACUGUUGUCUAUUUGUUUCACAACUGUUUGUGAAAUAAACUAUCCCCAAACUCAGUGGUUUAAAAUA